CCGGCAAGAUGGCGGCGCCCAGGCGGUGAGAGGAGAGCGGCGCAGCAGCCGCGGCCAUGAGCGCCGCCCGCAGCUGCCGCCCGCCCCGGGCGCUCGCAGCAGGAUUAUUUGUGUGGCGUCUGAGGAGCACUGGUGCACGGCAGAUGCCGUGCCGGUUUGUGCACCUUUACCAUGUGGCCAGCAGCAAGUUGAUUACCUUUCAGUACUGCAACUUUCUCAAACGAAUGUAUGUAACACAGUGCAACAAAGACCUCAGUCAACGAGCCAAGCCCAAGUCCGAUUCAAUUGUGUCUCCUUUUCAUGAGCUUCAGCAGUUGGAUCAGGAAAAAAAGGUUGUACACAAAAUUAGCUCAGCUUCACCUGUUCCUCAGUCAUGGUCUGAGAUGUCAAGCAGAAAUGAGUUGAGAAAAAUCAAAUCAGCUGCAGAAACUGAAGACUCAGUCGUACCAGGGGGAGCUGAAUCCAAGGAAGACAGACAAUGGAAAGAAAUGAAGCUACGGCUGGAUGAUUUGCCAGGAAUUUUGGCACGCUUGUCCAAAAUCAAGCUUACAGCUCUGGUUGUCAGCACUGCGUCCACUGGCUUUGCCAUGGCCCCAGUCCCUUUUGAGCUCACCUGUUUCCUGCUCGCCUCCCUUGGAACUGGCCUGGCAUCCUGUGCUGCCAACUCCAUCAAUCAGUUCUUUGAGGUUCCGUUUGACUCAAAUAUGAACAGGACUAAAAACAGACCACUGGUGCGAGGACAGAUCAGCCCCCUGCUCGCUGUCUGCUUUGCUGCCUGCUGUGGAAUCCCGGGAGUUGCCCUGCUCACACUGGGAGUGAACCCUCUCACCGGGGCCCUGGGCGCCUUCAACAUCUUCCUCUACACGUGCUGUUACACGCCCCUGAAGAGAAUGAGCAUUGCCAACACGUGGGUGGGAGCUGUUGUCGGCGCCAUUCCCCCCAUCAUGGGCUGGACUGCAGCUACUGGGAGUCUGGAUGCUGAAUCCCAGAAUAGCUGGAAGGGACCUCUGGAGAUCAUCUCAUCCAAUGCCCUGCCAAGACAGGGCCACCCAGAGCAGGUGACCCAGAAAUGUGACCAGGUGGGAUUGGAAUGUCUCCAGAUAAGGAGACUCUACACCUUCCCUGGGAGUUCCAGUGCUCUGCCACCCUCAGUGGAAACUUUACCUGUUUGUGCUGAAGAUUUUCCAGCCUGGGUCAGCACUUUGGGCUACUUUCCAGUAUUUCAGAAAAGCACAGUUCAUCUGUUUCACAGAACAGAGUUGGCAAAACAAGCUGUUUUCCCACAAUGUGGAGAUGUUUUCCUACCGUUCCUAACCAGUUCUGGCACCCCCAGGUCUUGGAGCGAGAACUGACGAUUUGGCAGCGGGCUCAGGUUGGCACAUUAAACCAUUCUGGGAAGGUGCUGGGUGUUUUUCCCGGUGCCUGAAAGGCUGUGGCUCCCAAAUGCUUGUUUGAGCAUUGCUGACCCUUCCUAAGAGAUGCUUUGCACGUGGUGGGCAUGGAUUGUACUGGGGAGCUGGUGAGGAGCUGCUGCCAUGGUGCAUAUGCUUUGGGAGAGCACAAGGACUCAGAAAAAGGUGCUAGAAGGGAGGGUGCCUGAGAGUCACUAGUGGUGACUCUUACCACUAGUGCUGGAACAGCUCUAAAUUCAUGCCUGUAUUCUCAUUUUUGUAGGACACCUGACUCAGCCUUGCCCACUGAGUGAGGGGGGUACCCAAAGAGAGGUUUCCAUGUGUCUCCAAAGUGUGGGGAGACCUCAGGACUGGGGCUGUUUGGCGGUUGAGCUUCUUCCCCUGGUUUUGCUGUCCCAGAUGCAUCCCAUGGUCCUUUCUGCCCCUUGUUCCCCUUUUUAACACCUUCUAUUGUAAUUACAGAUUCUUAUUCAUACAUUUUUUUCAUGGAAUGUGUGCUGUAACACAUUGUCUGUGCCCCUCAAAACUAGUUGUAGUCAGAGACAGACUCUCUGUUCUUCAAGAGAAAUGCAGACUUUGAGGAAUUGUCCUGGGUGAUUGGAAACAGAGGGAUCUGAUCUCCCACACUGACCAAACUGUCCCUAACUGGGGUGACUACGAGAAAGGUGCACAGAGACCAGACCUUGCUGCCAGGGCAUCUCCCAGCAUGGCAGGACAGGCUCCAGCACUGAACUUCUUCAGGUGCAGGAUUGGCAUGGCACUCAAAGCUCAUUUGCAAAGUGUUUGGCCCAGAGAUCCAUCGUUUAGGUUUUUAACCAAGGAGAAAGAUCAAGAUUUUUGCUGCUGAGAAGGGCUGGGAGAUGUUUGGGAUUUUUUUUUUUUGUUGUUGUUGUUGUUAUGGAGAGGAGACGCUGUAUCAAAAUUGAAACAGAGAUGCAAAUAAAGUAAUUAAGGCAUUUCCGCAGUGCUUCCAGGGAAGCUGCUGGACAGCAUCCAGACUGGGGAAAGGAACAGCCUUUUAGUUUAUCAGCUGAAUUCCAAGGUUUGGAUGGAUAUUCCUGCUGCAAAGUUGCCAAGGCCAUCCCUGCACUGAACCAGACCCAGCAGCACUGAAGGGAAAUUCAGGCAUGCCAGGGGUAAGCAGGAUGGCUGGGGCCACACAGUCACCGACCAACAGAGAGGAAUAUUAUUUAGGUCUCCUCUCCCUGGCCUGAUUGCUCUGGCCUGGUCGUUGCAUUGCACUUGGCUUUCAGCGGGGGCAAGGACUGGCAGGAGCUGUCAAUAUGUUGGGAGUGAGGCUGAUUAACCCUCCUCACUUCAAAAAUGAGGAUUGGGAAGAGGGUAGUGAAAGCAUCUGCAGGGCGAUGUUCUCAUGCCAUCCCUUCCCUCCGCUGCUCAGAGCUCGGCCCCCACCCUGUGGGACCCCAUGGCCCUUGGCCGGGCCAGGCCGUGCCUGCAGGGCUGCCGAACGCUUCUGUUUGGGGUGGGAGGGAGCGUGUCCCCCCUUGUCACUGCUGCUGCUCCCCGGCAGUCACCCGGCAGUGCCGGGGCAGCAUCGCUGCCAUCGCUCCGUGCGUGUCUGGGAGGUGAGGAGCCGCAGGAACCAGCGCGGCUGAACGAGGCACCUGCAGAGCUGAGCCGUGGAGCCGUGACAAUGCCAGAGCCGCCGUCGGGCUGCGGAGCUCAGAGCUCUGGGCACGGUCCAGAGCCGCCCGCCGCUCGUGUGCCUUUCUCCCAGCGGGGAGGACAGACGGACAGAGGGACAGACGGACAGAGGGACAGGGAUUGCUCCGCGCGGCUGCCGGGAUGUGCGGCCGAGUUCGCUGGCGCGCUGGCGGGCACUCCACUCCCUCUGUUGACUUCUCCCGAAGUUGCAUCCCUUCAUUCAGCAGUGUCCCUGGCUCUGCAAUAAAUAGCACCUUCGGUGAUGUCUGUAGCCCUCACUAAACCACAGACCAGACUGAUUAUUGCUGCUUUUUUAGCCUUUGCAGAGCUGUUUUUAUUUAUAACUGCACCCCGCUGGUCUGUUCAUAAUGAUUUUCCCGGCUGCAUCCCAUGCGGUCCACUGCUGCAAAGCCACAUUUUCAUAGUAGCUGUUGUUGGUUUUAAUCACUUGUUAUUUGGAUGAUAUAUUAAUGGCAGUAUCUCUGUGAAGCUUUAGAGUGUUUUCUUUUCCAAAACAUUUACAAUAAAAGCUAAG